AUGUCCUUCAUGAAUUGGCUCCAGAGGACAUACAUCAGCUUGGCCGUCUUAACUCUCAUCAUUUCCCUCCACUCGGAUCAGGUCAUUGCAGACAGUAGUCUCGUUCCAGUUAAUCAACAAUCAUGCACCUCACAUUUCGACCGUGACCACACUUGGCCAAACAAAGUGUGGUGCUGGUCCGGCGAGCACAGGCACGAUUUUACAUUUUUAAAUUGCCAUCACAAAGGUUUACCAGUUAAAAAAUUAGUCUAUCCAGAGCACUACCACCGUUACCCUAAUCUUGUUUCUGCCCUGGACCGCGCAUCUCAAACUUGGUAUGACUGCGAUUACAGUGCCGCCUACUUCAACAACGCCUAUAUCGUGUGCAACCAAUGUGACUUUUAG